UUAAGAGACUUCCUCCUCCUCUCUGGGAUGGGGUGAGGCUGGCUGGGCUAGGCAGUGGCGUUGCUAUGACAAGCAUUUUCUUAAGCUAGCGCUGCUCGUGUAGGACUCGCUCAAUUUGCAAAGGGCUGGCUCUGAAAACGGGGAGAAGAGAGGGCGAGGGAGAAGAGAGAAAACAAACCCAAGCCUCGUCCCUAUCUGCUGAUUAGCUUCAGUGCAGAGAGCGGUGUGGGUUUGCUGGUUUUUUCCUUAAAGACCUUCAGCGUUAAAGGACAUUGGGCUCUUUCCAGCUUCCUGCUUCCCUCCAAACUUUGGGAAGAGCAAAAUCAAGCGAAGAGGGGAGUGGAAAAGGAGGGAGGGAAGCGAAUCCAGGAGUUUGGGAUUUUUUAACCCCUUCCCUUCCAUGGAAAUCCAGGGGGGUUUUCCCGCCAGUGAAAGGCUGGAUUGCUGGAGGCGGAGGGAAAGCAGCGAGAGCAGCCGCAGCCUAUGAAUUGAUUCAGUCGUGCAAAGCCAUUGCAUGGCCGCUUCCCCCGCCCGCAGCCUGCUCUUCGCCAGACUGAAGCGCCCCAACUUGGAGCAGCUGGGCGGGUGGUAAUCCUCGGGCUGGAGGAACCUCGCCUCCCGAGCCAGGAACACACUCCUGUUGCCGCUGGUAUCCAGGGAACCCUCCUCCUUCUCCAAGAGAUACACACUGGUUGUUGCUAAGGUCGCUUCCACGGUAACAUGCACAUCCUGUUUACACCUUUAUCUGGAGAAGUUGGGCUCAGCUAGUCACGCCAGCUUCACCUGGGAAGCUGUAGAAGGAAGCAUCCGCUUCCCCACUUCUGGCACCUCCGCUAGGAUUCUCCUUUCUGCCAAGGCCCCACCAUCCAGUCCUCUCCGGGGCCGUGGAGCUAAGGCAGCUGCUGGGAGCUGCCAAGGACCGUCUGUGUCCCCUGCGGGACAUUCAGGGGAGGGAGGUGAACAAAUAGGAACCAGCGUUUUUCCGCUCGCGUCUGUUGCAACUCGCGCUGAUUUGGCAACAUGACGAACAACGCUGCUGACCACCAUCCUGGGAAUUCGGUCACCGAGGGCAGCCAUGAAGGGGAUUUCGGCUGCUCUCUGGUCGAUCUGCGGACCCUCAUGGAGCUUCGGAGCGGCGAGGCUGUCGCAAGGAUAAAUGACACAUACGGGGGUGUGCAGAACAUCUGCAAGAGGCUGAAGACGUCGCCGGUAGAAGGCUUAUCUGGGAACCCAGCAGAUCUGGAGAAGCGGAGGCAGGUCUUUGGCCAGAACUUCAUCCCACCCAAAAAGGCCAAGACCUUCCUGCAGUUAGUCUGGGAGGCGCUUCAGGACGUCACGCUGAUCAUCUUGGAAAUCGCAGCCAUAAUCUCCCUGGGCUUGUCAUUCUAUCACCCCCCGGGCGGCGACAGCGAAUUGUGCGGCCAAGCAGCGGCGGGCGCGGAGGACGAGGGGGAGGCGCAGGCUGGCUGGAUCGAGGGGGCAGCCAUUCUCUUCUCGGUGAUCAUUGUGGUGCUGGUGACGGCCUUCAACGACUGGAGCAAGGAGAAGCAGUUCCGGGGCCUCCAGAACCGGAUCGAGCAGGAGCAGAAGUUCACGGUCAUCCGCAAGGGGCAGGUGAUCCAGAUCCCUGUGGCCGAGCUUGUGGUGGGGGACAUCGCGCAGAUCAAAUACGGUGAUCUGCUGCCCUCGGAUGGGAUCCUGAUCCAAGGCAAUGAUCUGAAGAUUGACGAGAGCUCUCUGACUGGGGAGUCGGACCACGUCAAGAAAUCAGUGGAUAAAGACCCCAUGCUGCUUUCCGGUACCCAUGUGAUGGAGGGCUCUGGACGGAUGUUAGUCACAGCUGUGGGCAUCAACUCGCAAACUGGAAUCAUCUUCACUCUUCUGGGAGUGGGAGAUGGGGAGGAGGAGAAGAAGGUGAAGAAAGGUAAAAAAGCAGGAGCCCCUGAAAAUCGCAACAAAGCUAAAACUCAGGAUGGCGUGGCCCUGGAGAUCCAGCCCCUGAAGAGCCAGGAAGGGGUGGAGAAUGAGGAUAAGGAGAAGAAGAAGGUGAAGGUCCCGAAGAAGGAGAAAUCGGUGCUGCAAGGGAAGCUCACCCGUCUGGCGGUGCAGAUUGGGAAGGCAGGACUGAUCAUGUCGGCCAUCACGGUCAUCAUCCUGGUGCUGUACUUUGUGAUCGACACCUUCGCGAUGCAGCGCAGGCCCUGGCUGGCGGAGUGCACCCCCAUCUACAUCCAGUACUUUGUCAAGUUCUUCAUCAUUGGUGUCACGGUGCUGGUGGUGGCCGUGCCUAAGGGCCUGCCUCUGGCUGUUACCAUCUCCCUGGCCUACUCAGUCAAGAAAAUGAUGAAGGACAACAACCUGGUGAGGCACCUGGAUGCCUGCGAGACCAUGGGCAACGCUACGGCCAUCUGCUCGGACAAGACGGGCACGCUCACCAUGAACCGCAUGACCGUGGUGCAGGCCUACGUGGGCGACACCCAUUAUCGGCAGAUCCCCGACCCUGAAGCCAUCCUGCCCAAGGUCUUGGACCUCAUCGUCAAUGGCGUCGCCAUCAACUCAGCCUACACGUCAAAGAUCCUGCCACCAGAAAAGGAAGGGGGUCUCCCGCGGCAAGUGGGAAACAAGACGGAGUGCUCCCUGCUGGGCUUCGUCCUGGAUUUGAAGCAAGACUACCAGGUGGUUCGGAACGAGGUGCCAGAGGAGAAGCUCUACAAGGUCUACACCUUCAACUCGGUGCGCAAAUCCAUGAGCACGGUCUUGAAAAACCCGGACGGCAGCUUCCGCAUGUACAGCAAAGGGGCCUCUGAGAUCAUCCUACGCAAGUGCACAAAGAUCCUGGACAAGAACGGGGACCUGCGGGUGUUCAAGGUGAAGGACCGGGAUGAGAUGGUGAAGAAGGUGAUUGAGCCGAUGGCGUGCCAGGGGCUGCGCACCAUCUGCCUGGCCUUCCGCGACUUCCCUGCCGACGCCGAGCCUAACUGGGACAGCGAGAACGAGAUCGUGUCUGACCUGGCCUGUAUCACCGUGGUCGGCAUAGAGGACCCUGUCCGGCCAGAGGUGCCAGAGGCCAUCGUGAAGUGCCAGCGUGCUGGCAUCACCGUCCGCAUGGUGACAGGUGACAACAUCAACACCGCCCGCGCCAUCGCUACCAAGUGCGGCAUCCUGCUGCCCGGGGAGGACUUCCUGUGCAUGGAGGGCAAGGAGUUCAACCGGCUCAUCCGGAAUGAGAAGGGAGAGGUGGAGCAAGAGCAGCUGGAUAAAGUCUGGCCCAAGCUGCGAGUCCUGGCCCGUUCCUCCCCCACGGAUAAGCAUACGCUUGUGAAAGGAAUUAUUGACAGCACUGUCGGAGAGCGGCGGCAGGUGGUGGCCGUGACUGGGGAUGGGACCAAUGAUGGCCCAGCCUUGAAGAAAGCUGAUGUUGGCUUUGCUAUGGGCAUCGCAGGCACGGACGUGGCCAAAGAGGCUUCAGACAUCAUCCUGACAGACGACAACUUCACCAGCAUCGUCAAGGCAGUGAUGUGGGGCCGCAACGUAUAUGACAGCAUCUCCAAGUUCCUGCAGUUCCAGCUGACCGUCAACGUGGUGGCGGUCAUUGUCGCUUUCACAGGGGCCUGCAUCACACAGGACUCUCCGCUGAAGGCCGUCCAGAUGCUGUGGGUGAACUUGAUCAUGGACACCUUUGCGUCCUUAGCCCUUGCCACAGAGCCCCCCUCAGAGUCCCUGCUGCUGCGUCGGCCGUACGGCCGCAACAAGCCCCUGAUCUCCCGCACCAUGAUGAAGAACAUCCUGGGGCACGCGGUGUACCAGCUCACCAUCAUCUUCACGCUGCUCUUUGCAGGCGAGAAGUUCUUUGAUAUUGACAGUGGCCGGAACACGCCGCUGCACUCGCCGCCCUCUGAACACUACACCAUUGUCUUCAACACCUUCGUCAUGAUGCAGCUGUUCAACGAGAUCAACGCUCGCAAGAUUCAUGGCGAGAGGAACGUCUUUGAUGCCAUCUUCCGGAAUCCCAUCUUCUGCACGGUGGUGCUGGGAACCUUUGCUGCCCAGAUCCUCAUCGUGGAGUUUGGUGGGAAGCCGUUCAGCUGCUCCGGGCUCACCUUGAGCCAGUGGCUCUGGUGCAUCUUUAUCGGUGUUGGAGAGCUACUUUGGGGCCAGCUGAUCUGCAGUGUUCCGACCAGCCAGCUGAAGUUCCUGAAGGAAGCCGGACACGGUACCACCAAGGAGGAUAUUCCAGAGGAGGACCUGCCGGAGGACAUGGAUGAGAUUGACCAUGCUGAAAUGGAGCUGCGGCGGGGGCAGAUUCUGUGGUUCAGGGGCCUCAACAGGAUACAGACUCAGAUGGACGUAGUUUACACAUUCCAGACCGGCGCCUCCUCUUUACAGGGAGCCCUCAGGAGACAGCCUUCCAUCGUGAGCCAGCACCACGAUGUAAAACAUGUUUCUAGCCCAACCCAUAUCAAAGUGGUGAAUGCGUUCCGUAGCUCUUUAUAUGAAGGCCUCAAGAAACCCGAAUCCAGAAGCUCCAUUCAUAACUUCUCAACUCACCCUGAGUUCAUCAUGGAGGAAGACGAGCCUCAAUCCCCAUUCCUCGACGACGCAGAAGAAGACUCCAAGACUGACGGACUCAAAAACCAAGGUGGGAGUAGCCCAGGUGAAUCCUUCUCCCUCAACCAAAAUAACAAUGCGGUGGACAGCGAUCUAGCCGAGAACACCGUCCCGGAGUUUGGAAGCCCCUUAGACAGCCUGGAAUCAUCGGUUUGACCUUUGAACUUUGCUACCCCCUUCACUUCCUUCACCCUGAGUCCCGUGUGAUAUCAGCACCAAUAACUGAUAUUGCAGAGUGGUCACUUCAUGUUAACUGCUCAUAUGUAUACUAUUUUGUUUUCCUUUUAUGAUUUAGUGGCAGGAACCAGAGUACCAUGGGUUGGGGAGGGGGGAGGGAGCAGUUUGCAGUGGGUAGUUGCCCAGGUGGGAAACAGACAAGUUGAUAUUUCUUCUCCUUGAGUCAGGUUCCGUGUGUCCAUAGGGGUUUUUCAUUUUGAAAAAUGCAUGUUCAAAGAAAAGGUUCAGAUUGUCUUAAAUAGUCUUACAUGCACGCUCGCCAUCUGAAGGUGCAUUUGUGGGGUGACUUGGGGGUCUUUUAGCUUGUGGGAUUUGACCCCCGAUAACGUCACACUGUGGGGCGGGGGGAGAAGCAGCAUGAAGGUACAGAUUUAAAAAUUGAACAGGGGGAAAAAAUCUUGAAUUGUGUUAAAGAGGAGGAAAGGGAAAAACCAAACAGCUAUUCCCGGCGGGAGACUCUGAUGGUUAGAGUAUGUAAACCAGUCUUCCACCUUGAAAAAAUGGUACCUAACCUUUACUACUUUUCUGUCUUCGUAUGUGUGUGUCUCUCUGUUUCCAACAUGCUAACUGUGAUUAAAAACAAGGGAGGAGGGUGAUUUAAGAGUCUUAAAUAUGUUGGCUAAGAGAUGAUUUGAAAAAGACCCUGCUUUGUUACAAAGCCCCACGGGAGAUGCUGCCACCAUUGCUGGGAAUGUUCUCCAAGAACUGCCAUGACUGGAAAUAAGAAGUCUUACUUUCUGCAGACCUUUUUAAAUGCAUCUUUUUGCUCUUGAACUGUAUUAUAUCGGUCGGCAGGAUUUUCGAUGGUCGGCAAGAGUCAUGCGUAAUUUAAUAGCAAAUCAUUUCUGAACCACUUUGGUGAGCAGAGGUGUUUUUGCGUGGUUUUUGUUUGUUUGUUUGUUUUUUAAACUGUCAGAUUUAAAUAUUCCUUUGGCCCUGGAGUGAGGCUAGCCGCGGCUAAGGUUCAUCCCAAAGAACAUACCACGUGCUGCACAUCUAUUUCAAAGCAGUGGCGGGGUCUGGAUGGGAAUCGACUGCCAGCUGCUCAUGGAACCACUGGGGCAACUUAAGGCUACCCAUCCUUGCUGGGUUUUGCAGGUCCCUUGGGAAAGAGAAGAGACUGUAGUAGGGGAAGCCAUAUUUGCAGUGGCCAUAUCUGCACAAUCCCAUUCAGUGUACAUACCCGCCUCAUGAUGGAAUUGUCCUGUCUAUGUCUUUCUAGGGUUGGAUGAAGCUGUUUGCAAAUAGGGGCAUCCUCCUAUAACAUGGCUGUCUUAUUCCUGGGAAGGGCACCUCCUUCAUCAGAACUUCAGAGGAGGCUUAAUAGCUAGGCUUUGCCCCACUCUCCCUUGUCACAAUGGUUCCCUCUCCACCUUAAACCCUAAUUUGCUUCCCCUCUUGCCUGGAUCUUGUUGCAUCUCAGUACUACAAGCAGAUGCAAGAAAUGAUGAUCCGUGAAGCUAAGGUCAUAGCCAAUGUAACUUACUCUGGAGAAAUCCGUUCCAGGGUGUCCUGUGCUAAUUGUUAAUGUGUCUCUUGGGGUUUUUUAGGUUUGUCCCCUGAUAUUUAGGCUGUGGCAGGGUGAGAGGCCUGGGCUUCAGCUUUUGAUCAUCUGGGAAGCCACUCAAUGAAAUAGUUCUGAGCAAACUCACUUGUGAUGCCAAGAAAGGGUCAAAUCAUGAGUGAUGGGAGAUGUCUGCAACUCCUGUUGACUUCAUUGGGUACUUUUCGUGCCUCUCAGAGUUUGGCCCUAGAUUGGUGUCAUGGAGAAAUGCUGUAGAAGGUUAUCUAUUUUACCCCCUUAUCCAACACUUAUUCAAUUAAAAGCUGUACCUGGAAGCAGAGAGAGAACCCACUUGCAACUGGCUGUAUUAAAGGGUUUGUGACAAAAAGGGACAGGGGGGCCUUGCCCAGCCUCCUUCCUAACAAGCAGAAAUAUCUUAAUGAGCGAGUGAAGGUUGUGUGGGGUUUUUUUCUUAGUUUUUUGUUUUUAAGAACGCACAGCAAAAACUCCCGUGCCUUUUCCAAGCACUGCCCAAAGCACCGUCUGCCACUUGGGAGCCCGGUACUUUGCCAAGAAAUAAGUGUUCCUUAAACAACCCAACACUGACUCAUGCCCUGGCGCUGUCACGCUUCAUUCCACAUCUGUUCAGGGUAGACCAAUGAAAGGUCCUUCUCACAGGGUCUUCUGCUCCAUGGCUAGUAAAGAGGAGGGGAUGCUAGGCUCCACAAACUACCAAUACCAAGAAGAAAUAACCACCACUGUGCAUCUUACUUGCAAAUCAAAGCCCACCCCUUUCAUCCAGAAAAAACCACCUGCUUCCUUCAUUCCUUUCAUUCUUCAUUUGAGCUAUAAUUGGGAGGGAUUAAGGGGGAAAUUUAGCUGUUUCUUGGUCUCUUACAUGACCUAUCUGAUAGGAAAGAGAAAAGGAUUUUAGUUUUUCUGUUUUAAAGCUUACAUUGCUUAAAAGAUCAUUUUUCUAUUUUAAAUACUUGCAAAAAAACCCCACAACAGAUGAAAAUACGGUGUUCUUAGGAGUUUACGUAAAUAUUUAUUAAAUACUUUUGGGGGACACUGAUUUUGUUUCUUUGAUAUUUUUUUAUUACCUCGGACCUGUUUAAAAAAAAAAACUUUUGGGGGGGGCAGGGGGAACUUUGGAAGCGCUUAAAAAGUCACUCCCAGAAGUCUCUGUGACUGACAGGUUACCAUGAGGGUCUGGUCUACCUUUUUAGUCAAUUUAUUUUUUUGUUCUAGUUUCAAUCGUAGGAGGGGGGGAAAUAAUUAUAUAUAAAUAUUAUGCAAAAAAUAUAGUUUUCUUUAGAUCAGAAACUGAUAUUUUUAAGUCAGCCAUAUGUAUUUUGUUUAAAGGAAAAAAACAAAGCUGUAAGUCAUGUGUCUGCAAUGGAAUGUGAUCACAUGACUGGCAGUUUAAAGUGACAGGUAACUUAAAGAUUGGUCAGAUUCCAAUCAACUUCCUUUCUCUGAGCAGCCAUCUUUGUACUAAAAGUUAGUUGGAUUACACAGAACUGUUUUUUAUAUAAAUUAUGUUGGUAUGGCUGGUUGCUUAAAGUAUAAGCGUUUAUUGUGCAUACUUUUUUAUGUAAAAUAUUGUUUUUCUAUUUAGUUUCCGUGAUAAACUGGCAGCAGUUAACUAUGGCUUAAGUUAUUGAGGAAACUUAAACUGGGGAGAGAAAGAGAUGGUGCUUUCAAUUUAAAAGGCAUGGUAGCCUAAAUGAAUUUCUUAAAACAUGCCUUGAAAGAUGGAGAAAGGUUUUUAUUUUAUUUUUUACUGCCAACAGGACGAGUGGGAGGGAAAAAAUUAAACAGAUAGUGCCAUGUCAGACAGGAAAUGAAGUAAUAUCCUGUGAUACGUGUUAACUUGCCUUGGAAUGCUGUGUUAUUAAAACACUCUAAACGAUUUUGCAUCCAAUUCUUAAGGGUAGGGUCUGUUUUUUGUUUUGUUAAAUCAAGUGGCAGAUUGGUACCAAAGACAUUACAUCACUUCCUGUGUGCAAUGGUGAAUAUCCAUUUGUAGGAGCUUUCAUCAUGUGAUUAGGUUUGGAAAGGGGGUGUUUGUUUGCACAGGGAUCUGACUUUAAUUUUCAAAGGUUUUGUGCAAUAAGUUUUUAAGGAAAAAAUUAAAACAAAACAAGAAAAAUAAAAUCACCAGAAGGAAAAAUACUAAACUGAAUUUUAGCCAUGGGUAGGCUGUAAAAAUAAAUGAGCUGGGGCAGAGGAACAUACUUCCUUUUGAUACAUGUUCAGUCUGUCCCUCAUCUAGAAGCUUUCUCUGUGGGGAGCAUGGACGACUUGUAGCGGGUUUAACUUUGGAUCAUGCCGGGGAAGAGUCAAUUCGAAGCCCACUGCAGACUCCCACGGCCUUCAAUGGGUUCUGGAUCAGGCCCUCUGAGGAAGGGAUCUUCAAGAUCGGUUGCUAUAGUGACUUCUUCCAGUGUUCCACCAGGCAGAGACUCAUUUUAUUUUUCCCCAACAGUCAAGGCCUUUGCUUUUCAUGUGUCCCCAGGUUUUCUGCCUUCACAUGUGUGUUGUGGCAAAUGGCUGUUGAUAGUUGUCUCUGGGAGCUACAGCCCCAAGAGGAGGGGAAGGGUGAUGGUAGGUUCUGUUUGUGCCGUGAGAAAGUCUUAGAUGACUUCAACUUCUGCUGUCCCCACCUCCUUGUGAAUUUACCAAUUCGCUGAGCUAUCUUUAAGGAUCUCCUGAAAUGUGCUCUGAAAAAUCAACUCCCCCGCACAUAUUCCCGGAGUAAAUCUUUCUGAGAGAAGAACAAGCUAAGUAUAGUUGUGGUGAAUAUAACUUUGGCCUGAUAUAACGGACUAUAACUCCUUCAGGCUUACCUAGAAUUUAUGGGUCAAAACCAAUGCUGCUUUGUGACUUGUGCGGUCCUAUUAGUGAUGUCUCUUUUUCCCUUUCCUUGUCAGUAAUUCUGCCCAUCUCUUCCUCUUGGCUGUCUGACCUCUUGUGCUUUUGCCUCUGAUGUCCCUGCUGGCCCCCCCAAAAAGGGGGCUGUGGUUGGGAUGUUAAGUUAAUUAGCCUUUCAGCAAAGUCCAUGGCUAAAAUGGCCUUUAGUUUAUUUCCUAACCCUAAAUAAAUAUAUAUACAGAAAUAUACACUUUGUAUAUAUUUAUCUGACUCUCUUUAAAAAAAACAACAAAAUAACCAAAAUCUUUCUUUUGAAAAGAGCACGCAGGUUUGAACUUGAGUUUCUUUUUUUCAGUAACUAGUAUAAUAAGCACUGGUAUUUUUGUAUUUAAAAAAAAAAAGAAAAAAAUGACAAAAUAAAAGAUUGACUAUUAUGUGGUAUGCAUGACAUUAAAAACAAUGGUGGUUUCAAAGCAAUAUGUACCCUGGUGUGUUUGCCAUAUCCUAGAGUCCAGCUUAAAGUGCACCUGAUCUGUAUUUGCAUUUUGAUAUUAUUUAAUCUCUAUGUACAAUGUUUUGCAUGUAAUUUAUAUGGUUCUUGGGGAGGAAAAAAUACUUUUUUGAAUGAAUUGUCAACUAGCUGCUUCUGGGAGAAUUUGGAACUCAAAGCAUAGAUAACGCUGUGAUUGGAAAUGGAAGGGGCAGGGGGAAACUACACAACGGAAGAUAGAGGGGGAAACAAAGGGGUAAUGUUUUGAAUCAAUAAAGCUUUUGCUGUUGAGCAGAAACAAUGUGCGAGUGCAUUGAGAGAAUAAAAUGUGCCCACAUGUAAUUGUGCUGUCCUUAGUGUAUGUCUACCAGCUUGUGAAGUCACUGAUCAUCUACUGACGCUGAGACGAAGGGUUGCACUUAAAGGCUCACCUCCGAGCAAAGCUGUAGUGUGGAAACUGGUGGUGUUUUGUUUGUUUCAAUCUCACACCAUGAAAACAAUUUUAUUUAAUAGGUUUUCCAAUCUCCCUCUUCAGCUGUGGGUGACUGUACUGAACUCUGUUUGUUUCAGUCGUUCUGACUUCUACCAUCUUCGAGCAAGGUCCAGAAGCAGCUGUCAAACACUAGCCAAAGCUAAUGUCUUCUCACAGAUAUGGCCAUGUGGACAUUUUCCUAUUCCUCUGACAGUGUCUCUCCAGAUGCUGUCUCCAACUGCAGUAUGGCAAUGGAGUUGAACUGCAGCUUUCUAGUUUUGACCUCAAUUCAGUAAAGCCCUUUAAAUAUCCAAGUCCAUCCUUCUUUAGUCAUAUGCUUAAGUGUUUUGUUGAGCUGGAGUCUCAAACUGCAAUUAGCAUUCGAAAUUUAUCAAAAGAUGUAGCUGAAACAAGCCCUGAUCCUUUGGCAUUUAUGCUCAGGAAUGGCUUUACUAAUCUGAGUAGUCUAUCGGAACCAAUGGGACUGUUCCCACAAGUGAAACUAUUCAGGGGUUGCACCAUUUUUAGGACCAUGUGGUUUGAUAUCCGCCCCCCUUUCAUUACAGCAUAGUCAGCUCAGGAGAGGAGCGUGGGCUGACAACGGAGCUGGGGCUUGUGGGAAUGAGGGCAGAGCUGGGGCCGGAGCUGGGCUGGGAGCAGGGCUGGGUGGCACUCCUUCAUGCUUCCUGUUGGGACUGGCCUGGGCCCCCCUGUGCACCCCCCUCCCCCAUUUCAGUGGUAUGCCCCACAGUUUAGGGACCGCUGUCUUAGAGACCAGCAAAUCAACUGAUGUGAAUUAAGCUUAGGUCUGAGCUUCGGUGAAUGGGAGAAGUGGUUACAGGAGUUGUAAUGCAAGUUCCUGGCAGGGUCACCAUUGUUCCCAGUGGUGUUCUGUCAAAUAUUUAACCUCUUUUUGGGAUCACACACUAGCUAACCCUUAAAGCCUGUCUUUUUGGGUUUAAAAGAUACAGUCAGAAAUGUAGUUUAUUGUUAAAAGUAAAAGCUGGUUCUGAUUGGAUGCUAUUCAGCACAAAUGCUCCCAGUGAUUUAUGGACCUAGUCAGUUUUUUCUGAACAGCAGCUGCGAUGCUAAUUUACGUAGUUGUGUGGUGUUGGUUUUCUUCCCAUACCCAGUUAUCAUGCCAACAAUUGUGGCUCACACUGUCAGUCUCUCAUUUUUGUGCAUAAUGUCUGUUCCUUGUUACUGUGUUGGCCUGUAGCUCCUUUUGGGCAAUAAUUUUGGUUGGUUGGGCAUUGGCAGAUAGGAGCAACAUCAUUAUUCCUACUGAGCUUGCGUCUCCUAUUUCCAUCCUGCCACUUUGAUGGGAACUCCACUGCAAUUAGUUCUACCAAGAUUCGUUGUAAUGGGGCCAGGUUACCAGCUGCAGAGGCACUGGCAUGGGGUCACUGAUGAACCACGUUGCAGUCCUACAGUAGCCAAACGUGUGUGUGAUUGGGAAAGGCUAAGAGAUUGGACUCUAUGCGUCUCAAUCAAAGUUGGGCCCAAACUGAGUGGAGAAGAGAGAUCAGGAUACAAGCUCAGCAAAUUGGGCCCAGAUCCUCAAAGGUAUUUAGGCACCUAAUUCCUUACACCUUUUGACAAGCUGGGCCUUCCUCCCUUAGGCUUUGGGGUGGAUAAAUAGGGCAAAAGUUCUGUUCUUUAACAUAAAUGGCUUUGCACAGAGCUGUAGCAUGACCUGGAUUUGGUGUGAAACAAGCAACUUCAUGUCGCUGAAAUUGGUAGGUCAGGGGGCCCUUCAUUACUCCAUCACUUAAGUUCCUUUCACGGGAAGGGCCAUGCUCUCUGAGGCUUAGCCUGCACAGUUUUUGUACAAAUACAAAUUUUUCAGUGGGAGGGGUGAUUUCCUACCACUGUAAUUAUACCAGUAACAAGCCCUAGUCUAGAUGUAGUUAUACUGGCAUAGUUUAUUCUGCCUUCACUUAGUGGAAUAAACUGUCCUGGUAUAAGCACCUUUUUAUUGGUAUAACUGUAUCUGUGUAGUUAGUGGUACAAUUUUUUUUAUGUUGACAAGCCCGUGGUGGUGAUCACUUUUAUGGGUGGGCAUAGCCAAUCUUAGCAUUGAAUUUCAGGUGAGAUUCCUUAGGUUUAGUCUACAUGAGGAAAUUUACCAGCAUAAUUAUACCUCUCUAGUUACACUGAUAAAUGUCUCCAUAUGAACGCUUACUCCAGAUUAAAAGUGCCUUUAUUCUGAUAUAAUUUAAACCCUUCAAAAGUACUACAGGCAAAAUCAGAAAGAAGGCACAAUUAUUCCAGCAUAAGUGUGUCUAAGUGGGGAAAUUUUCCAGCAUAACUAUCAGUAUAAUUAUGCCAGUCAGUUUUCCCAUGUAGACAAAUCCUUAAACCCAUGGCCCAGAUCCUCAGCUGCUAUAAAUCCACUGGCUUCAAUGAAGCUAGGUUGAGCUCUUGACUGGCACCAGCUGGCAUCUGUAAUUAGAAGAAUAUCACUGCUGCAGGAAAAGUUCUGCUUUUCAGAAGUGCGAAGCACCUGUGAUUCCAUUUCCAGUUAAAGUCAAUGGGUGCUGGAAGGGGCCCAGCACCUCUGAAAAGUUAAGCCAGAAUUAAAACUGACUUCUUUUUCUAAAAAGAAAACAAUCGAUUUAAAAAGGCUCCCAGCUGCAUACAGGUGUUUACUUCCCACUGCAUGUUACAGUGUGAGCUAAGUAUUUCCUGGGCUUUUACCUCACGAGCCAGACUUUCGCUACCUUGGCUAGUUUGCUAACUGCUUUUGGGCCUUGACUCAACUCCAUUUCACAAGAGCCUCCUACCUCAGUCUUCAUUAACUGAAUGGGGUGGUUGAUAGAGAACUCCUGCAGCCUGCCUGGGGUUGUGAUUUAAUUUAAGUGAUGAACUUUUGCUGCUUUAAACAGCCAAACAAACAAAAAAUUGACCCAGCGACUCACUGCCUUAGUCUGUGGUUUAAAAAAAUAAAAAUAAAAGCAAAGCCUCAUUAGAUAUCAGUGCUAAAUAUUUACUGCUUCUGUCCUCCGUGUCUGUCGGCGUCUAUGGUCCUCCACAGUGUGUCUCUGACAAAGCCAGACUGAAUAUGGGAGGCCAUCAGUCAUUCAUGGGCAAGCAUUUUUUAAUCCUGUUGUAAAUAAAAAGAUACAAAAAUGUCA